AUGUUAAAAAACUUUACAUCUUGGGCCAUUUUAUGCCUUCUUAUUUCUAUGGCUGCUGCCUUGGCAGUGCCUGAAAAUUUGUCGUUGGUUGCACGGACAGAGACAUCAUCAUGCCCCCAAAAACGUUCACCUUUAGCUAAGAGACAUGAGGAAAAAUGUCCUUGUGCUGUUGCUACCGCAAUAUUUAAUAAUAAAUUUAAAGGCAUCACCGUUUACACCCAGGAUGAAUGUGGUACUACUACCGCCACAGGUUAUUUCUCAAGCGGUUUUAGCCCGGAUAAGCAAUAUUGUGCUUUUAUUACUGACGAUUGUGGAAAGAUUCUUCAUAAUAUCACCGAUGCUCUAAAUUUACAAAUUAACCAAGAUGGCAGUGUCACUCCGUUUACAUCCAAACUUUAUGAUAUUAAUCUUAACUGCGAUGAGGAUGGUAUCUUGCUUGCAUACACUCCCAAACCUGCAGAAAACACCACCGUUUCUAAACGUACUGAAGAUGAUUAUUAUUAUAAAGAUCCCUGCGCUUCUAAAUAUCGAAAACGCGCUCAAGGUUCACAGAUGGCAUUUUAUGAAAACGGUGGACCUUCCGGUACAGCUAAUAUUAACCUGAUUUAA